UCACCUGUACUGACACACCAACCCAAACACAGGGGCUAUUUCUGGCCAGAGCAGGGACCAGCCAGUGGAGCAACACUCGCUUCUUUCACGGGCGUUUUCCCUCCAUCCGAUCAUUUCAGCGAAAACAAGAGCGCAUUUUUGUUUCUUUUAUGAAUCUGGCAAAUUACUCUUACUUCUCUGGCAUGUGCAACAUGACCGCAGAGCACUCGCCCGCCGAGGCCAGUCCUGUUGUCAUGUCUCCAAACAUCGGCCUGGACUCUCCGCUGCCUCCGCCGCCUCUGAUGCUGCAGGCCCGGUCCAAGGACAACAUCCUGAUCAAGUCCGAGCCCCGGGGGAGCAGCCCCGGCACGGAGGAUGGAGCCGUCCUGGGCCAGACGGAGGAGCACCUGCCGACGGGGAGCCGCCGCAGGAAGAGGCCGGUCCAGAGGGGGAAGCCUCCCUACAGCUACAUCGCCCUCAUCGCCAUGGCCAUCGCCAACUCCCCGGAGAGGAAGCUCACACUGGGAGGCAUUUACAAGUUCAUCAUGGAGCGUUUCCCCUUCUACAGGGAGAACUCAAAGAAGUGGCAGAACUCCAUCCGCCACAACCUGACCCUGAACGACUGCUUCGUGAAGAUCCCCCGGGAGCCCGGCAGGCCCGGCAAAGGCAACUACUGGACGCUGGACCCCGCAGCUGAGGACAUGUUUGAUAACGGAAGCUUCCUGAGGAGGAGGAAGAGGUUCAAGCGCACAGAUGUGAGCACCUACCCGGGCUACAUGCAGAGCUCCAGCGCCUUCACCCCGACCCCGAUGGGCAGGCCGUCCUACCCCAACACCCUUUACGCAGGCAUCGGCUCCGGGUACGGCUCCCAGCUGGCGGCCACAUCCCCGCAUCCCGCCAUGCUGCAUCACUACCAGACCACCGGGGUCGGCCAAGGCCAGCCGCGCAUGUUCAGCAUCGACAACAUCAUCAGCCAGCAGACGGUGGUGCAGAGCGGCCCGGUUGGAGAGCUCAACUCCCAGGCGCUGGGGCUGGGCGGCGGUGACCUGGGCUCCAUGACCUCCAGCUGCUCGGUCACCGGCACCGACCCGUCCGCCUGCUUCCAGCCGCAGACUGUCAACCCUUCUGCGAACAUGCUGAGCAGAAACAGCGGGAACAUCUCCACCAACCUGAGCGCCGGGUACCCCUACUCCUCCUCGGCUUCCCCUCCAAACCUGGCCACCAUGAGCCAGUCCGGCUUCUCCCCCGGGAGCUCUCAGGUGUACUGCUCCGGGAACAGGCUCUCCCUGCCGGCGCUGCGCCCCAGCUCCUGCGCCGAGCACACGGAGCAGCUGCUGGGCCUCUCCAGCCCCAUGAACUCCUACAACAACACUUACAUGAGACAGGCCAACUUUGCGUCAGGGUUAGAGCGGUAUAUGUGAGAUAUUAUUUCCCCCCCAAAAAAUCCAAGUUAACGUUAAAAAUCACGGCUACCAACAGUUCCAUAUUAAAGGAAUAUGCCAUCAAUAAAUGUGAACAUCACUGGGAUAUAAUAGCCUGAUUAAAGACAUCAUUAUGUCACCUGAAACUUAUUAAAUGAUAGAAUUUCUUUUUACCAACCACAUGACACAACCUGACCGAGCCUCAUUCUAAAACAUUCCUAUUUAAAAAGGUCUAAAGCCAUUUAGAUUCAUUCGACACAUUCCAUGACUGUAUCUCAGAGAAUUUCAUGUAUAAUAUGGUGCCACGCUGUGUUCAUAAUUCCUGUGUUUUAGAGUUUGAUUCUAAGUUUACAUGCUACUUAUAUUGUUCAAAUUGGUUGUUUUAUGUGUGUGUAAAUA